UGGUCGGUGAUGUUGUGCUGAUAGAAGAAGACCUGCGUCCUCGCAAUUUGUGGUGCCUGGGGAGAAUCACCGAACUAAAUGGUCAAGAACCCAAUAUUAGAAGCGCCAAGGUGUUGAUGUCAAAUGGCAAAAUACUAACCAGACCGAUCAAUCGUUUGUGUCCACUAGAGGCGAGUAAAAAUGUUGAAAUUGCUACACCAACUGUGCCUAAACCUGUCAAGCAACCACCACCUCAACGAACUAAGCUAAAAGAGAAAAAAGAUAAUCCACCAAACCCACCAUGUCACAACAUGAUUACUAGAGCUAGAGCAAGAAUGGAUGCCACUACCGUCGCUGAUUCAAGGCAUUCGACAACGAGCUUGUUUGCCGCUGAAAAAGUUCUACCUACUUACCAAGCUGGAACGACCGCGGCUGUCACACCGACGAGCUUUUUACACGCAGGAAAUUGCUUAUGUGUUAGUCAAGCUUGUAUUACCGGGGCUGCCACUGAUCAAUUGAAUAAGUGCUCUUCAGUCAGAAAAAUUAGCGCGAAUAUACGACAACAAGAAGGC